AACCAAACGUACACCGCAAAUAGGUUACUUUUCUUAGUCAAAUACAGCCUGUGUCCAAAUUUAGCCAUAUAUGAAUCUGGCAACAACGAUUCAAGCUGACGAGAUCUUACGACCUAAUACCGCCACCUCUCGGUAAAGUGGGAGUUCAUCGGGCGUUUUAUACAAACCAAAUCGCCCGUUUUAUUUCUAGAUAGCUCUAUCCAUCAUGGCGAUGCACGCGAAAGCGACUCCACCACAGAUCCCGGACACCCGCCGGGAGCUCGCUGAACUGGUGAAGAGGAAACAAGAGCUUGCGGAGACGCUGGUGAAUUUGGAAAGACAAAUAUAUGCAUUUGAAGGCAGCUACCUAGAAGAUACCCAGAUGUAUGGCAACAUCAUCAGAGGAUGGGACCGAUACCUCACCAACCAAAAGAACUCCAAUAGUAAGACCGACAGAAGGAAUAGGAAGUUCAAGGAAGCAGAGCGUUUAUUCAGCAAGUCAUCUGUGACAUCAGUUGCAGCAGUAUGUGCACUCGGUGGGAUUCCAGAUCACAUGAAUGAAAAACGUGAAGCAGGCAGUGGCACAGAAAGUGACACUUCUCCAGAUCUCCAGAACCAAGAGAACGAGCCCAGCCAGGAGGACACAGAGGAUGUGGACUCGUCGCUGCAGGACCUAAAGCCUCAGAAGGCCACCUCGUCUUCCUCCACAGGCAGCCAUCAUGGAAGCCACAAGAAGAGGAAGAACAAAAACAGGCACAGCCCCUCUGCCAUGUUUGAUUAUGACUUUGAGUUUGACAUGAAGGUUAACAAGAAACCAAGAGCUUGGAACACGAACACCAUAUGAUCUCAGGUUCCUGCUUCUCAGGAUUAUUCAGCCUAACAAAAGCGAAUGGAAAAUCUGGACACAAACAAGGAUACGUGUAGAGAAACAAGAUUUUUGGACUUUGUGAACUUUGUAUGCCUUUUUUGGUUGUCAUAGUUCAGCCUGUACUGUGUGUAUUGCUUGAAACAUUCCCCCUGCCACCGACCUUUGGUCAUGGUUAAGGUUUUGACCUACAGAUUAAAGUAGAACUGUGGUGUUGCAUAUUACUUGCCUAAUGAGGCCCACUUCCAGUAACACAACAUCUUGUAUAGUGUUGAAAAAGACUAUUUAUUGUGUAGCUAAUUUCCAUGUUUCCCAGUGUAAGAAAGUUUUGCUUUUUGUUGAGCGUCACAAUUGAAUAACCCCUGAAUAUCAGAUUCUUGUAUUUUACAUGGUUUGUUUUGCAAAUAAAAUAAACUCCAAGAACAUGAGUAUGUCUUGACUUGUUU